AGCCCCCCGUCUUUUUCCACUUCUCAUCCUCCUCCCCCCCCGCGCGACUCAUCCCGCUGGUUAUCUCGCUCACUCGUUCUCCCCGAUCCCAUAACAUUGUCCCUGCGUCCCUGCCACCCUGGAACAAGUCGCAAGAGUCUCGGGCGAGCCGCCUUAACAGCGUGGCAAAUUGAAACCGCCAUUUAAAUAAUUCGAUUAGGAGCGCUACCAUUUACUAGACCGCGUUUUCGUAACUCGUCAUUCAAUUGUGAUGAUUUAAUUUGUCCGGUGAGUCAGGUUCUCUUCGGGGGUGGAUCGCGAGAAUUGUUUUUGUCGUCGAAUCCGCUGACUGUCCGAAAUGCAACGUUGGUGUCUUCGGUUCGAAUAGAGUCUGAUUGAAAAUCCGGAGUGGCGAAGUUUUUACGAUUUUUCGAGUGACGAAUUUGCGGGGAAAGUAUAUUUUACGCUUUCCGAUGAAAAACGCUUUGGCACGUGUCAAGUGUCUCGUGAGUUCGCCGUCGAUUGAGUUUGGAAGUGAAAUCGUGGAAUAGUUUUUUCUCUCGAAUUCUGACUAGCAUUGUCGAGUUCUCGACGAUAUUUCGAUCGAGGGAGAAACGACUGCCAAAGGCGAUUUAUGAAUGACACAACUCCAUUUGGCUGAACGGAAUCAACAUGCUGCAAACCGUGGAGCAUCCCCCGAACGCUGGCUCAGUUAUCGUCUCCCAGAUCACGAAUCCUCACGUGCCUCAGGAUUUUACAGUUUCUCGAUUAUUAUCAACUCCGGCGCAUUCACUCGAUUGCAACGAAAGUGCCACAGCCGGUAGCCGAAGACCGCGAAGAAGCAGAACGACUUUCUCGGCUCAGCAACUGGCAGCUCUGGAAAGAGUUUUCGAGAGGACUCAUUAUCCAGAUGCGUUUGUCAGGGAGGAACUCGCGACGAGAGUUUCCCUGUCCGAGGCUCGAGUUCAGGUGUGGUUUCAAAACAGACGAGCGAAAUUCCGUCGAAACGAGAGAAGCUCGGCGCUGAAUCGUGGAGUUUCAACGAGUCGGGAAAUCGAAUCAACGACGUUGCCGCUGAGGCCACUGCGAGUGACGCAUUCCCACGAGCAUGGAAACAACAACGAAACGAGCACGAUGCAAUCGUCGCAGUUGGGUCAAUACGGCUACAGCGAUUAUUGGAGAUCGCCGCAACAUUAUACAGCAGUACAAACGACGUCGAGCACUUGUCACGGCUUUGUCAAUGCUGCUAAUUUGGGAAACGUUGCUUUUCCGACUUAUCAUCAGACUGAUUUGCAUCACGGCCUCGAUGCCGCCUCCACCGUUAACGGCAUCAGUGCUUUGAGGCUUCGAGGCCAUCCUUACGGAAGCUCGUACUCGGCUAUGCACGCCAGCAUGUGACGUCAUCCGUCUCCCAAAGAAUAUUGCCACAGUCCCAAAGAGACGACUCUCGUUGCGGUUUGAAUAACACUUCGAACCAUCGCUUUAUAGCUUUAAGGACGUAUAGAAGGAACGAAAAAUAUUUCAGUCAUUUUUAUAUAUUUCAUUUGUAUUGAGACAACAAAUAUUGCCGACUGGUAAUAACGAUUUCUAUAAACAAUAAUAACAGUUAUUCGCGAACAAAGAACAUUUGUAAACUCCAUUUCUGUCGUUGUUCAUUCAACAGACAAAAAACAAUCGAUGCUUCCAUAAAAUUCGUAUUUUUCCAGAGCAUCGCAGCGCAAGCAAACCGUGAACGAGAGUUAGAGACUGAAUUCCGAGUCAAAAAGUUUCGUAACUUUUACCCGGCUUUUUUCUUCAUUAGAUUAUCCGAGUUGAAGAAUAUGAGUUCGUUUAUUGCCGCAAAAAGUGGUUGGUAGUGAAGUGAAAUUCCGUAGAACCAACCUCGGAGUGAAUAAAAUUUUCUGCAGAGAACUUUAGCUAGUUUUUCCUUUUUGUGGUACUUCAGUCUCGAGAGCGAAAGCACGAGAAUUUUAUUUUAUCGAGUCCUCCGUAGAGCCAACUUUCGACUCAUUGUUUCAAUUCGUUCUCGAAAUUAAUCUAUCGGAGAACGAAAAUUAUCGUCGUAAACUUUUUUAUAGGGAAUUUAAUUCCCUACAAAAUUGGUCCUCUGGAAUUUUGCUCUAUUUCCAACCGUUUGACCGGGACAGACGAUAAUAGAACGCGUGUCCUCCAAAUUUGAAGAAAAAUCUUCUUUCCAACUCGAAAUCCGGCCCCAAACUUGAGGUUGCACUGUCAACUAUUUACGAGCCAGCGAUCUAAGCAUUAUCGGAACUCAAGUAUCGGUAAACCUUUCCAAAUUGACGGAAUCGAAUUAUGCAGCGAUUCGAUGAAACCAUAUUUUAAAAGCAAACGGUCGCGAGCACCUUCCGUACGUCCUUAAAAUAGCGUACUUUUUUUACAAAGGAUCAAAAUACAGGGUAAACUUCGAAUUUAAGAGAAUGCAUAAAAAUAAUGUAACACAAGAUAUUUGAUAACGAACAACGUGUAUAAGUGAACAACAAAGUACUCGGGUACUAAAAAAUGGCUAAAAAGCACAAACCGUGCGUGUUCGAGUCAAAGAUCGCGUGGGAAUUUAGAGUGUAGCUUGCAGGGUGCUAAAUCGUACUAACUAGUACGUACGUGUGUAUACAUAGACUUAUUAUAUUAUACAAUAAUGACAAUAUUAAUGACAGUAAUUAUUAUAUUAAUAUAAUAUAAUAUAAUAUUAUUAUAUAAGUGUGAGUGUAUAAAUAUAUUCAUUUUUAAGCAAAUUUGUAACGAGACAUAAUGAAUAUCCGGAAGGAAAAGUGGAAGCUCGCUUAUCAGCAAAAUGUUUAUAUUUUUCUUCGUUUCUGUUUUACUUUGAAUAAUAAUAAUUAUUAUUAUUCUA